UUUUUCCCUAUUUUUUUACAAACCCCCUAACAACCUACAAAACAAGUGCUACAUUCUUCUUCUUCUUUCUCCCUUUUCUCACAAUCCCUCUAGAAUUGACCGCAAAAUCCCAUAGCACCAUGCCUGUGAAGGACAUAAAAAGCUAAUGGGGUGUUGCUUGCCCUAUCCGUUUGAUUUUCUCACUUCUUCAGACCAAUAUUUUCAUGGGAUGGUGACAAAUUUUGUCUGAAUGUUCAGGAUAAAAGUUAUGUCCUAGUUUAACAGAUAUGGCAAUGGAGUCUCUUUUUUUCUUUUUUCUUUUUUAUGGGACCGUACGUUUGUAUUAUGGAAGAGUAGAAUUCAUCUGCCUAUGCCCUAAGUUUUUAAUACUUUGAAUAUAGGUUUUGGUGAAUUUAUUUCACUCACCAUUCAACUCUCUCUCCUCCUCUCUCUCUGUCUCUCGUUGUAUGUGCCAAUGGUCAUCAAUAACUGAAAAAACCAGUUAUAAAACCUUGAAAAGAAAAGAAAAGAAAAGAAAAGAGAAAACACCAUACCAUGUCAACAAAUUCUAUCAAUAGGGAAGCAAACACAGACCAAGAGUCUCUUAUAAUUCCUCUCCUGUCCCCUCGAAGAUCACUCAUUAACUCCACUUCUCAAGUUGCCAUCGUUGGAGCUAAUGUCUGCCCCAUUGAAAGUCUUGAUUAUGAGAUUGCUGAGAAUGAGUUCUUUAAACAAGAUUGGAGGAGUCGUGGAAAGAUGCAAAUAUUUCAGUAUGUGUUCAUGAAGUGGUCGCUUUGUUUCUUGAUCGGACUUAUUGUUAGCCUUAUUGGGUUUUUUAACAAUCUUGCUGUUGAAAAUAUUGCUGGCUUGAAGUUUGUGGUCACCUCCAAUAUGAUGCUGGCCAAAAGGUUUGGGAUGGCUUUUCUUGUGUUCUCAGUUUCUAAUUUGAUUCUUACCCUGUUUGCAUCCAUCAUCACGGCUUUUAUAGCACCAGCUGCUGCUGGUUCAGGUAUUCCAGAAGUUAAGGCUUACCUGAAUGGUGUGGAUGCACCUGGAAUUUUUUCCUUGCGAAGUUUGGUUAUUAAGAUUAUUGGAAGCAUUUCUGCGGUGUCCUCGUCUCUUUUUGUUGGAAAGGCAGGGCCAAUGGUGCACACUGGAGCAUGUGUUGCAGCAUUGCUUGGUCAGGGUGGAUCCAAGAGAUUUAAAUUAACAUGGAGAUGGCUUCGUUUUUUCAAAAAUGACCGAGACCGACGGGAUCUUGUAACAUGUGGAUCAGCUGCUGGAAUAGCUGCUGCCUUCCGUGCCCCAGUUGGAGGUGUGCUGUUUGCACUUGAAGAAAUGGCAUCUUGGUGGAGAAGUGCCCUUCUUUGGAGAGCUUUCUUCACAACAGCAGUAGUUGCAAUAGUGCUUCGGGCUCUGAUUGACGUCUGUUUAAGUGGAAAAUGUGGGCUAUUUGGAAAAGGAGGGCUCAUAAUGUUUGAUGUGUAUUCAGCAAGUGUUACGUACCACCUCAUUGAUGUACCACCUGUGUUCGCCCUUGGAGUUAUAGGAGGCAUAUUGGGAAGUUUGUAUAACUUCCUUCUAGACAAGGUUCUUCGAAUAUACAAUCUCAUCAAUGAGAAAGGCGUUGUUUACAAAAUUUUACUUGCUUGUGCAAUUUCCAUUUUCACAUCCUGUCUUCUUUUUGGACUACCAUGGCUUGCCUCUUGCCAACCCUGUCCAUCUGAUGCGUCGGAAGCUUGUCCAACAAUAGGCCGGUCUGGUAAUUUCAAGAAAUUUCAAUGUCCUCCUGGACAGUACAAUGAUCUGGCCAGCCUUAUAUUUAACACAAAUGAUGAUUCUGUUAAAAAUCUUUUCAGCCAGGACACCAACUCUGAGUUUCAAUAUUCGUCAAUUCUCAUAUUCUUUGUGACCUGCUUCUUUCUUAGUAUCUUUAGCUAUGGGAUUGUUGCCCCCGCGGGUUUAUUCAUACCAGUUAUCGUGACGGGUGCAUCUUAUGGACGUUUUGUUGGAAUGCUAGUUGGUUCACACUCAAAUCUUGAUCACGGCCUCUAUGCUGUCUUAGGUGCUGCUUCAUUUCUAGGCGGAUCUAUGAGGAUGACAGUUUCUCUGUGUGUCAUUAUUCUAGAAUUGACAAAUAAUCUGUUGAUGCUACCCUUGAUAAUGCUUGUUCUUCUUAUUUCCAAGACUGUGGCUGAUGCUUUCAAUGGUAAUAUUUAUGACCUUAUCAUGAAUGCGAAGGGUUUUCCUUACCUAGAAGCUCACACCGAGCCUUAUAUGAGGCAGUUGACAGUUGGUGAAGUAGUUAGGGGUCCACUUCAGAUCUUUCAGGGCAUUGAAAAGGUUGGCAAAAUAGUACAUGUUCUAAGAACUACGAGGCAUAAUGGAUUUCCUGUAAUUGAUGAGCCUCCGCUUUCUGAGUCUCCAGUUCUUUAUGGUCUAAUCCUCCGUGCUCAUCUAAUUGAAUUGCUAAAGAAGAAAGCUUUUGUGCCAACUCCAGUACCAACAGGCACUGAUGCCUUCAAGCUGUUCUUUGCUGGUGAUUUUGCAAAGAGGGGCUCAGGCAAUGGAGACAAGAUAGAGGAUCUGCAAUUUACCGAAGAAGAGAUGGAGAUGUUUUUAGAUUUACAUCCAUUUACGAAUGCUUCACCUUAUACUGUUGCGGAGACAAUGUCACUGGCUAAGGCUCUCAUACUUUUCCGAGAAGUUGGUUUGAGGCAUUUACUGGUGAUACCCAAGAUAUCUGGUAGGUCCCCUGUUGUGGGUAUAUUGACUAGGCACGAUUUCAUGCCAGGGCAUAUACUUGGUCUGCAUCCUAUGCUGAUUAGAAGCAGGUGGAAAAGAUUAAGAAUCCAGGCACCUCGUUUAUUCAAACUCUUCUAGAGCGUUGGAGUCAAGCAGAAGGAGCUCGCCCUUGAAAAUGAUAUUUGUUCAUUCUUUUAUUUGAGCUCCACAAUAUGGUAUCAUGCUAUCACUAUUUUCAAACUCUUUCAUAGAAACCAGAACUAAAGAAGAUCAGAUAAGAACAUUCAUUAAAUCAUUCGGCUAUUUAUAGGUAGUAUGAUGUAUGCGAGGAGGUAAAUCAUUGUUUCAUGGUGCAUUGAUAGCCAGGGAGACGUUGUGAAUAAAUGCAAUUGCCCUUUAGUGGGUUUUUUUUUCUA